AGUGGUUGAAGGAGGAGCUGUCGCCGCGGGCGCCUAGACUGUGGAGUGUGUGUGUGAGCGCGGAGGCUGUGUGCGGGUUGAUCGCUGCUGCCUCGCGGAGCUUUGGAGCUCGAACCCCAGCCCUGGAAACCCAGCAGGAAUGUAAAGACCUCAAAAUGGAACCAAGUAUGGAUGUGAAUUCAGUCACUGUCUCUGUUGAAGGAAUGACAUGUAUUUCCUGUGUCCGGACCAUUGAGCAGCAGAUUGGGAAAGUGAAUGGUGUCCAUCAUAUUAAAGUUUCACUAGAAGAAAAAUGUGCAACUAUUAUUUAUGACCCUAAACUUCAGACUCCAAAGACCCUCCAAGAAGCUAUCGAUGACAUGGGCUUUGAUGCUCUUCUCCACAAUGCUAACCCUCUCCCUGUCUUAACCAAUAGAGUGUUUCUGACUGUUACUGCUCCACUGGCCCUGCCGUGGGACCAUAUCCAAAGUUCUUUGCGCAAGAUCAAGGGUGUGACCGAUGUUACGGUUUCUCCUCAGCAGAGAACUGCCGUAGUGACCAUAAUCCCUUCUGUAGUGAGUGCCAGUCAGAUCGUGGAGCUGGUCCCAGACCUCAGUUUAGAUAUGGGAACUCAGGAGAAAAGGGCAGGAGCUUGUGACGAGCACAGCAUGCCUCAGGCAGGGGAAGUCAUGCUGAAGAUGAAAGUGGAAGGGAUGACCUGCCAUUCAUGCACUAGCACCAUUGAAGGAAAAGUUGGGAAGCUGCAAGGUGUUCAGCGAAUUAAAGUGUCUCUAGACAACCAAGAAGCUACUAUUGUUUAUCAACCUCAUCUGAUCACAGCAGAGGAAAUAAAGAAGCAGAUUGAAGCUGUGGGCUUCCCAGCCUUUUUAAAAAAACAGCCCAAGUACCUCAAAUUGGGAGCCAUUGAUGUCGAGCGCCUGAAGAACACACAGGUCAAAUCUCCAGAAGGAUCACAGCAAAAGAGUCCAUCAAAUCUCAGUAAUUCAACCGCCACGUUUAUCAUAGAGGGCAUGCAUUGUAAAUCAUGUGUGUCAAAUAUUGAAAGUGCUUUAUCUACACUCCAGUAUGUAAGCAGUAUAGUAGUUUCUUUAGAGAAUAGGUCAGCCAUUGUAAAGUACAAUGCAAUCUCAGUCACUCCAGAAAUGCUGAGAAAAGCAAUAGAGGCUGUUUCACCAGGGCAAUACAGAGUUAGUAUUGCAAGUGACGUUGAAAGUACCUCUAGCUCUCCCUCCAGCUCAUCUCUUCCGAAGAUGUCUUUGAACGUGAUUAGCCAGCCUCUGACCCAAGAAACAACGAUAAACAUUAAUGGCAUGACUUGUAAUUCUUGUGUGCAGUCGAUAGAGGGUGUCAUAUCAAAAAAGCCAGGUGUAAAAUCCAUCCAUGUAUCCCUCACAAAUAGCACUGGAACUAUUGAAUAUGAUCCUCUAUUAACCUCUCCAGAAACUUUGCUAGAAGCGAUUGAAGACAUGGGAUUUGAUGCUGUCUUGCCAGCAGACAUGCAAGAGCCUCUGGCAGUGAUAAGUCAGCCCUCAUUGGAAACACCUCUUUUACCUUCAACUAAGGAGCCAGAAAAUGUGAUGACACCAGUUCAUAACAAGUGUUACAUACAGGUCUCUGGAAUGACUUGUGCUUCUUGUGUAGCAAAUAUUGAACGGAACUUAAGACGAGAAGAAGGAAUAUAUUCUGUUCUUGUGGCUCUAAUGGCUGGCAAGGCGGAAGUAAGAUAUAACCCAGCUGUUAUCCAACCCCCAGUGAUAGCAGAGUUUAUCCAAGAGCUUGGAUUUGGAGCCAUAGUGAUGGAAAAUGCUGGUGAAGGGGAUGGAAUUUUGGAACUUGUUGUAAGAGGAAUGACAUGUGCCUCCUGUGUCCAUAAAAUUGAGUCUACUCUCACAAAACACAAAGGGAUCUUCUACUGCUCUGUGGCCCUGGCCACUAACAAAGCACAUAUUAAGUAUGAUCCAGAAAUCAUCGGUCCCAGAGAUAUUAUCCAUACCAUUGGAAGCUUAGGUUUUGAAGCUUCUUUGGUCAAGAAAGAUCGGUCAGCCAGUCACUUAGAUCAUAAACGAGAAAUAAAACAAUGGAAAAGGUCUUUCCUUGUGAGCCUGUUUUUCUGUAUCCCUGUAAUGGGACUGAUGAUAUAUAUGAUGGUUAUGGAUCACCACCUUGCAACUCUUCAUCACAAUCAGAACAUGAGUAGUAAAGAAAGGAUCAACAUCCAUUCUUCUAUGUUUCUGGAGCAUCAGAUCUUGCCAGGACUGUCUAUUAUGAAUUUGUUGUCCCUUCUAUUGUGUCUACCUGUACAGUUUUGUGGAGGCUGGUACUUCUACAUACAGGCUUACAAAGCUCUUAGACAUAAGACAGCAAAUAUGGAUGUGCUGAUUGUGCUGGCAACCACCAUUGCGUUUGCCUACUCCCUGGUUAUUCUUCUGGUUGCAAUGUAUGAGAAAGCCAAAGUGAAUCCUAUUACCUUCUUUGAUACACCUCCUAUGCUGUUCGUGUUUAUUGCACUAGGCCGAUGGUUGGAACAUAUAGCAAAGGGCAAAACUUCAGAGGCUCUUGCAAAGCUAAUUUCACUACAAGCGACAGAAGCAACUAUUGUAACACUUAACUCUGAAAAUCUCCUCCUGAGUGAGGAACAAGUGGAUGUAGAACUUGUACAACGUGGAGAUAUCAUUAAGGUUGUUCCAGGAGGAAAAUUUCCAGUGGAUGGCCGUGUUAUUGAAGGACAUUCUAUGGUAGAUGAGUCCCUUAUCACAGGGGAGGCAAUGCCUGUGGCUAAGAAACCUGGCAGCACAGUGAUCGCAGGUUCUAUUAACCAGAAUGGUUCUCUCCUCAUCCGAGCCACCCAUGUUGGAGCAGAUACAACCCUUUCUCAAAUCGUCAAACUUGUAGAGGAGGCACAAACAUCAAAGGCUCCAAUCCAGCAGUUUGCAGACCGACUCAGUGGCUAUUUUGUUCCAUUUAUUGUCUUGGUUUCCAUUGCUACCCUCUUGGUGUGGAUUAUAAUUGGAUUUCAAAAUUUUGAAAUUGUGGAAGCCUACUUUCCUGGCUACAAUAAGAGCAUCUCCCGAACAGAAACCAUAAUACGCUUCGCUUUCCAAGCUUCUAUCACAGUUCUGUGUAUAGCAUGCCCCUGUUCCCUGGGACUAGCCACUCCAACUGCUGUGAUGGUGGGCACAGGAGUAGGUGCUCAGAAUGGCAUACUUAUAAAAGGUGGGGAGCCCCUGGAGAUGGCUCAUAAGGUGAAGGUAGUGGUAUUUGAUAAGACUGGAACCAUUACACAUGGAACCCCAGUAGUGAAUCAAGUAAAGGUUCUGGUGGAAAGUAACAAGAUAUCACGUAAUAAGAUCCUGGCCAUUGUUGGAACUGCAGAAAGCAACAGCGAACACCCUUUAGGAGCAGCUGUCACCAAAUAUUGCAAGCAGGAGCUGGACACUGAAACCUUGGGUACCUGUACAGAUUUCCAGGUUGUACCAGGCUGUGGUAUUAGCUGUAAAGUCACUAAUAUUGAAGGUUUGCUACAUAAGAGUAACUUGAAGAUAGAAGAAAAUAACAUUAAAAAUGCAUCCCUGGUUCAAAUAGAUGCAAUUAAUGAACAGUCAUCAACAUCAUCUAUGAUUAUUGAUGCUCAUCUCUCAAAUGCUGUUAAUACUCAGCAGUACAAAGUCCUUAUUGGUAACCGGGAAUGGAUGAUUAGAAAUGGUCUUGUCAUAAGUAAUGAUGUAGAUGAUUCCAUGAUUGAACAUGAAAGAAAAGGUCGGACUGCUGUAUUGGUGACAAUAGAUGAUGAGCUGUGUGGCUUGAUAGCCAUUGCUGAUACUGUGAAACCUGAGGCAGAGCUGGCUGUCCACAUUCUGAAAUCUAUGGGCUUAGAAGUAGUUCUAAUGACUGGAGACAACAGUAAAACUGCUCGAUCUAUUGCUUCUCAGGUUGGCAUUACUAAGGUGUUUGCUGAAGUUCUACCUUCCCAUAAAGUUGCUAAGGUGAAACAGCUUCAAGAGGAAGGAAAACGUGUAGCAAUGGUAGGAGAUGGAAUCAAUGAUUCUCCGGCUCUGGCAAUGGCAAAUGUGGGAAUUGCCAUUGGCACAGGCACAGACGUAGCCAUUGAAGCAGCUGACGUGGUUUUAAUAAGGAAUGACCUUUUGGAUGUUGUGGCGAGUAUCGACUUGUCAAGGAAGACAGUCAAGAGGAUUCGAAUCAAUUUUGUCUUUGCUCUAAUUUAUAAUCUGGUUGGAAUUCCCAUUGCUGCUGGUGUUUUUCUGCCCAUCGGUUUGGUUUUACAACCCUGGAUGGGAUCUGCAGCAAUGGCUGCGUCAUCUGUUUCUGUAGUACUUUCUUCCCUCUUCCUCAAACUUUACAGAAAACCGACUUACGACAAUUAUGAGUUGCGUGCUCGGAGCCACCCAGGACAGAGGAGUCCUUCAGAAAUCAGCGUUCACGUUGGAAUAAAUGAUGCCUCCAGAAAUUCUCCGAGACUGGGUUUGCUAGACCGGAUUGUCAAUUACAGCAGAGCCUCCAUAAACUCACUACUGUCGGACAAACGCUCCCUGAACAGUGUUGUUACUAGUGAACCUGACAAGCACUCACUUCUGGUGGGAGACUUCCAGGAAGAUGACGACACCACAGUGUAAAAGGCCUCAGCGGAUGCUGCUAGUUGAAGUUCAUGUGCACUGACAUGGCACUUACGUUGUUGUGGAAGGAUCUUAUGUCAGUUCCAUGCCCUUAUGUUCAGGAUUUUAUCUUAGUUAUAUUGGUUAAUAUCUUUCUCAGGGCAGGAGCUCUGAACCUGGCAUUAUCCAAAAUGAAUUCCAGCAGUUUUUGUUUUAAGGGAUACAGAGGGUAGAGCACCGAAUUUAAAACAAGCUCUAUAGUUAGAGGUUGGUAACUUGUUGGUAAUAGAGCAGACCAUUUUUUAUUUGACCAAAAAAAAAAAAAACAAAAAUAAAAGUGCCCAAAGACAGGAUGAUUUAAAAAUGUGAAGAAUUGAGAGCACGACCUUGAAAAUUUUCUUGAGCCUCUAUCCUUGCCUCUUUGGGGAGCAACGGCUUUCAAAGCACUGUACAAAGCAUAUAGUUAAAAAGGAAAACAGUUGCAACUGUUUUAAAAUAGACGUGCCUUAUUUAUUGUAGGCUUGCUUUCACCUCAUUAACCCCUGCGUCCUUGUCCUGUAGUUCCUAAGAGCCUCUAGGAUGGCUUUUAUCACCUUCUUUCAAGUCAGCCAAGUUUUGGUGGUUUUUUUUUUUUUUCCUUGACUAAAAAUAACUGAAAGCAAUCACUUGGAAUGAGUCAGGAGAAUUAUAAGAUCAAAGCCAGCCUGGCCUGUACACACUUGAGACUCUGUCUUGAAACCUUUUUGUAACUGACGGCUCCUUUGAAAUCUUGCUCUUCUUAUGUUGUGUGGUUCAGAAGACAGGAAGGGUCUACAGGGUUGUCUACUCUUCCAUUUCUCCAGUGUUGUCGAAAUUCUCAAUUCAGUUUCCCCAGGCCUGUGCCAGCUUUCAGUUCUCUUACGGAGUCCAGCUUUGUUCGUAGUGGAGUCUGUCCAUCAGUCCCAGUCUAGAAACUUAACAGUUGAGCCUCUGUCCCUGAAAAAGUCUUUUAUGAUUAAAACUAAUAUGUUAACAUAUUUAGGCAUAUAAAAGUACCUGGACUAACUAAAUUCAUCCUUUGGAAUACAAUCACUUGGCUGGUAUAUUAUAAUUUAAUAAAAUUUUAGUUACCUCUUCUGUUUUAGAUAACUUAUCAGAGUGACUAGGUGAUACCUUAUAGUUAAAUAUAUUUUCCUUUGUUUAAAACAUUUGUGCUUAUAAACAAACUCCAAAUCUUUUAUUUGCAUGCCACACUUAAAGCCAAUAGCACAAUCCCUAAAAUAGAUGAUUUAUCCUCUGAAAAUGUUCUUUUCUCCUUUUCAAGUCAGUAUCAAAUACAAAAGUCAUUUUUAUAUUAGCAAGUAUAACAUGAAAUAGAGAAUGGGGUUUUUCCAUUCUAUGCCCUUUCUCUCUUAUUCCUUUAUAUCCCACACCCAAAAUUGUUUAUGUUCGUCAACACUGUCUUUCCAAAUUUGGAAAAGACCUGAGUUCUAUCUUGGCUAUCUUAGAGAGGUGAAACUUUUGAUGAAGGUGCUAUUAAUUUGGAAAGGCAAACCUGUUUUAAUAGAGUAUUAGUGUAUACAUUUAAGCUCUAGUUUAAAUCACUGUCUAUGCCUCCUUAAGAGUUUGAGUUUGAGUAUUUGUUUCUUCGUUCUAGCAGCCCAUUUGAACAUAACUUGACUUCCAGACGAAACACCUAAUCCUAGAGAGGUAUAACAGGUUUUUUCUUGUUCUGGAUCCACAUUGAGAAUAGAAGUCCUCCGGCCCUCAGCCUCACUCCUUCUGUUCUGCAUGUGUUAAUUGAGUCCUCCCGUUGCCUCCACAUCAUGUCACUACUCGAAAAGAACAUGUUUGAGAGAAGCGUUAUUCCGAGGAGAGGGCUCCCAUUUAGAGAAGGGAUCAAGCACAUUGCUUUCAGUUGGCCACUAGCUUUAAGUAAUGAGUUACUGCUGAGAGAGAGAGAGAGAGAGAGAGAGAGAGAGAGAGAGAGAGAGAAAGAACACAUACAGAAUGAAAACGGAUUUCUAUUUGUAUCUGUUUUGAGGUUCUUUAUACUUUCUUUACCACUCCCCUGUACUCACUCAGCAACCAUUCUCUCUGUCAAAAGGCACCAUGGACAUUUGGUUGUCCAGUGCUAAUUCAGAUUCAGCUAGGAGGCAAUUUUAACGUAAAUAUCCAAAGAUGCCUUUUGACUUUAAAGAUUAAAACGUAAACAGACUAUUUGCUAUUGUAGUUUUAAAAGUAUAGUUGUCAGGUGUGAAAUAGAAUUGUUGCUUUUCCUACUUUAGUAUCAACAUUUUAGGAAGUUAAAUUUGAUGCCUUAUGAUCAAAUAAUUUUAUAUUAUGCUUUAAUUUUUUUUAAAAAAUUAUUCUUCAUUCAAAUAUAGACAAUGCUUGAAAUAGCACUAUAGACAAGAUGUUUCCAAAAAUGUGAGUAUGUCUAUCUUUUCUGUACACAGCUUAAAAUCAAAAAGGUGUAGUAGAGGAUUUUUCCAUUAGUUUUAGAUUCUGUUUUAAAGUUAUUUUUCUUAAUAUUUAUUUUACUCUACAUUAUUAUUUUCUUUGGAUGAGGCAUCUGGUUACAGGUUCUUUUUUCAUUAUUAUUAAAUACAUUCCUGAUAUCACUCAUUUGGGUUAUUUUGUUUUCUGAAUUAAAAAAAAAUAUUUCUUUACCAAAUAUAAAAAUGCAGAUUUAUACCAAAUUGCCAACUUUUCACUGACUUUCUUAAGUCCUUUAGUUUGGUAUGAGUAACCAGAUAAAACACAAAGCAUGAAUUCUUAGUCGCAAUCACAUGAGCUUCUUUUAUUGAUGUUGAUGAUAAAUGCCUUUUGUAGCCAGAACCAGGCGUCUCAACCUUGUGUUUUUAAAGAAAUGUUUAACCUUGUAUUGUAAAACUUUGGUUAGAUCCAAAACAGGAGCGGACAACUUUGUGCAAUAUUUGUUUGCUGUGGUCUAGUUUGUUUUUUCUCAUGUGCAUGUAAUUGAUAUUUCUGCCAAAGAUGUGCCUUCAACUUUAUAAUUAUAGUGUUGUAAAAAAAAAAAAUCUGUUGUCAUGUCUCACUGUGUUAAAUCCUCUGGCCCCCUCUACCCUCUACCAACAGUUCCACAGUAUGCUCGAAGUGUUGUUUGGGGUUCUUUGGCUGUUGUUUCAACUGUAAAUCCAUGCUAUACAAGGAUCAGAGGUAGUAGUACACAUUCAGGUAGGGGGACACAAAUCUGUUGUCCUUCAGGUCCUACUCACUAGCUGCUAUCACUUAGUGAGAACA